UGGUAGUGGUAAUCGCGAAAGCAUCGAACCUCCAUGCUAGUGCUGGGGCAACGCUGCUGAAAAUGUGCAUGUAGGAUAUAUUCCAACAGCUGACUAGAGUCAUAUCGUGUGAGUGUUGCCCAGUGAUUUAGCCGGCACAAAAGACUAAUCUUGUGUGAUAGUGUCAAAACUCCUGAGUCCACUCUAGCAUACAUCAUAAUACAGGGAAUAACUUCACUGCAACCCAGCCUCUAAGUGUAGCAAACCUAUGUCAAAGCGAAGGAAAAAAUGACAGCUGAUUUGAAAAGUGUAAAUAUACAUCUACCAAUAGACUGCGAGGAUAAUUGCGAAGCCGUGUCUUACAGCGCCAAAGGAAUAUGUUGUCCAUUAAAGGAAAUUGAAUCUCUUAACAAUGCUUCCGCCUUAAGUGGUUCUCAAACAAACCUCUGCAAUGGGUCCUCGUCGGUGACGAUAAAUAACGCGGGCACCUUGAGAAAAGUACUCAACAACAGUCCCAACAAUCAAAAGAAACCAACAAUAUCACUUACGCACUUGCCCAAAAGACCCCCUGUGGACAUCCAGUUCAUCGACUUGUCGUACUCAGUGUCGGAGGGAAGGAAGAGGGGGUACAAAACUAUAUUAAAAUGUGUUAACGGAAAAUUUAGAUCUGGAGAACUAACUGGAAUCAUGGGCCCUUCUGGGGCUGGGAAGAGCACCCUCAUGAAUAUUUUGGCGGGAUAUAAAACUUCGAACCUCGACGGACAGGUUCUGAUAAACGGAAAGGAGCGCAGCCUGCGUCGCUUCCGGAAAAUGUCCUGUUACAUCAUGCAGGACGACUGCCUGUCGCCACACCUCACCGUCAAGGAGGCCAUGCAAGUGUCGGCAAAUCUCAAACUGGGCAAGGGUAUCACGCAGUCCGAGAAAAAGAUCGUCAUCAACGAGAUCAUCGAGACGCUAGGCCUGCAGGACUGCGUAGACACCAACUCCUCUAGUCUGUCCGGAGGACAAAGGAAGAGGCUCUCUAUAGCUCUAGAAUUAGUGAAUAACCCGCCGGUGAUGUUCUUCGACGAACCCACCAGCGGCCUAGACAGUUCUUCGUGUUUUCAGUGUUUGUGUUUGUUGAAAUCGCUCGCCAGGGGCGGCAGAACUGUCAUCUGCACCAUUCACCAACCCUCGGCGCGGCUUUUCGAGAUGUUCGAUCACCUGUAUAUGUUGGCGGAGGGACAGUGCAUUUACAGGGGGCCCGUAACUGGGCUGGUCAGGUUCUUGUCUAGUAUGGGACUGAAUUGUCCCAGUUACCACAAUCCUGCUGAUUACGUGAUGGAAGUGGCUUGUGGAGAACAUGGAGAUUAUGUUCAAAAACUAGUAAUAGCAGUAAAUGCAGGUCAGUGCAACAAGUACAUCAUGCAGGGCCACAAUGAAGGAAACAAAAUGAUCUCUAAUGAUAUUUUCAAGCAGAGUGGACCUCCUGGUGAAACUGUGGCGGUCCCAAAUGGCUCUGUAAAAACACCCAUCACACCAGCAACAUGUACAACAUCACUUUUAGAUUCCUCAGAACACCUACCACAAUCAGAAAAAAAUGGAUUUCCAACCACUGGUUUCCAGCAAUUCGUCAUAUUGCUUAAAAGGAGUAUGUACAUAAUCCUCAUGGAUAAAACACUGACAAGAAUGAGAUUGGUCGCUCACUUCAUUAUAGGCUGCCUAAUAGGUUUAAUUUAUUAUGACAUAGGAAAUGAUGCUGCCAAAGUUACGAGUAAUGCAGGAUGCUUAUUUUUCUGCGUAAUGUUUAUGAUGUUCACAGCAAUGAUGCCCACAAUCUUAACUUUUCCUCUAGAAAUGUCGGUCUUCGUUCGAGAGCAUCUAAAUUAUUGGUACUCAGUAAAAGCAUACUACCUUGCAAAAACUCUCGCUGAUAUACCAUUCCAAAUCAUUUUAACAACUUGUUACAUAAUUGGGGUCUAUUUUAUUACAUCUCAACCGCUAGACGCAACAAGAUUUGGAAUGUUUCUUCUGGUGGCUGUUCUAAUAGCACUAGUUUCUCAAAGUUUUGGUUUAUUAAUUGGUGCUGGAUUCAAUAUUGAGGGUGGAGUAUUUUUAGGACCAAUAUCAACGAUACCGAUGGUGUUAUUCUCAGGUUUCUUCUCUAACUUAAAUGACAUACCUUACUAUAUAAAGUGGUUACCAUAUGCCAGUUACCUAAAGUAUGGGUUCGAAGCCAGCAUGAUAGCUAUUUAUGGCCUAAACAGGCCAAAGUUGGAAUGUACGGUACCCUACUGUCAUUUCAAGUAUCCUAAGACAUUUUUAGAUCAAAUGUCUAUGAAUGAUGACAUGACAUCGUACAUUAUCGAUGUCGCUGUACUCAGUGGAUUAUUCAUUCUACUCAGGAUAUGUGCGUACUUUGUACUUCGAAUAAAACUAUUUCAGAACCGGUAGAGAAGGAUUGCGCUGGUCAUUUGGAUGGAUUAAAAAGGAGAAGGGUGCAAAUAUUGAGGUGUGGGAAGAGCUCAAAUUAGAUACACGUAGAAUGGAAUAACUAAGAUAUAAUACGGUUAAACAAUGGGCAUAUAAUCACCGACAUAUAUUUUUCGACAUACCACUUCUGUAUAAAGGGAAUUUUUUAAAGUAAAUUGUAUAGUAGACUAAUAGAGAAUUUGUAAUACAUACAAAUUGCUGUAUUUGAGUUAGAGUAUAUGUCUUUAGUUACAAUAUCCAGAUAUACAAUGUUCUUUGUGGAAUAAUCUGUAUGGAAUUUCAUACCAAUCACACUCAAUUUUUUAGCUCCUAAAGCAAAUAAAAUAAUAUAUAUAAAUUUUUAGAAAUAUGUCAAAGUAUAUAUACCAUAACUCAUAAUUAACUAUUUAAAUAGUUAUAACUACAUAUCUAAGACAAUUAUGUAAAAUUCAGUAUAAUGUGUCCCAUACACUACAGUUUUCACUGUAUGAUCAGAACCAUAUAAACUAAAUAUGUGUCAUUUAAAACAAUGUGAUUAAAACUGAAACAAAUGAUUCACAAAUAUUAUCCUGUUUUAAUCCAUACAGACUUGAUCGUACAGCCGUAUUGUGUCCAUAUGUCAAACUCCAAAAUAUCUUUCGAAUAUCUCUAAAUAAAAGCUGUAUUCUACUCUAAAAGAAUAUCUACAUACUAUGCAGUACAAGAACGUCACCCCACCCCUUUUCCACUUUUUUGAAGAGAAACAUUCAAACAGGUCAAUUUUUUAUUUCCUAUUGACUUUAUUUGAUUAUUUUAGACUGAAGGUGUAUGUUUAGGUUAAAAUCGUAUGUAAUGUCCCAAAAAAUUUUAUUCCACGGAUUAAGUUUACCGAAAUUACAUAAAGUACGUAUUGGAUCUUUAUGAAAAGAAUUUAUUAUUGUUUUAAAUUGUCUGAAAUUUUAUAAAAUGUGUAGACAUAUUUAUAGCUCAAAAUAUAGCCGACAGAGAUUAUUCCGCUAACUAAAGAGAUUGUGUGAAUUUUUCUCAAAGAUAUAGGCUAGUUGCAUAGUUAUAACUGACCAAUUCUAAAAGUAUAUGUUAUUUGAAAUAAAACUUUUCCAACUUAAUUCACUCGCGGUAGAUUUUCUUAGUUUUUUAUUCGGAAUUAAAAAAAAAGAUAGAUACAAAUGUAAGUUUGCAGUAUAAGCUAUACAACUAGUUUAUAAUCACUAAAUCAUGUUUUAGAAAAUAUGGUAUUAAUUAGAUAUUAAAACAUAAAUUUUGUAUAAGUCUGACAUCAAUAUUUUAAGACAUAAACUUCACCAGGAGAUAUCACAAAUUAUUUUAAGUAAAAAGUUUGCUGGAAUUAGAAAGAAUGUCACAUUUUCUAAAAUAUCUCUGAAAGUGUUUAACUUAGGCCGCUGAUUUAUUUGAAUGGAAACAAAAACCUGCUAAAUUUACUUACAAAUCAGUCAGUACUAUUAGGAGCCUCAGAACUUCAAUGUCAAUGAGUAUUCUGCAAAAGCGAUUAGCAUUUUUAUUACUAAUUAAAAUUCUAAGAAAAAAUAUUUCGAGUAACUCUAAAGCUAUUAGUUCCACAAAAACAGUUUAUGGAAAUUUUUUGUUAGAAAUAUAAUUUUAAACAGAACGUAGUGUAUCCAAAAGUUCAAAAAUGAUUCUUCUUCUUCUUCUUUCCUAAUGGUUGGUCCUAAUAAGCCCUUUUGACAAAGUCCAAAUGCUUCCUUGCUGACAC